AUGGCUUCCAAGCUCCUUCAUAUUGGUGUCCUCCUUGUGGACGUCGUUCAGCUUCUCGAUCUGGCAGCCGUUGAUCUCCUCUUUAUGACCAGCCCGGAAUAUCUAAAGGAACUGGGAGUCCCUAAGCCUAUCGUGGACCUUGGCCGGCCUUGCAAGAUCUCUUACAUUAGCAUAGACGGACCGACUUGCCACCGCGACCUCACAUCUCAGACCUCAAUUCCUAUCACACAUGCACUGAAUGAUCCAGAAGUGGCACCAGGCAAACUCGAUUUGAUCUAUCUCCCCGGGCCGCCACCCAAGCGUAUGCCCCCAGCAAAGGAAUACCUUGAUUUCCUUCAAAAGCACAACGCCGCAAAUGUGAUUAUCCUCAGUAUCUGUACUGGGGCAUUAGUAGUCGCUCAUGCAGGCAUCACAAAGGGAAAAGUGGUCACGGCACCACGAUUUUUGAUUCCCGAUUUGAGAAAGAACUUCCCCGAUGUCAAGAUCUGGGAUGACACGGUGCGAGUCACUAAGGAUGGAAAUCUUUGGAUGUGUGGCGGGAUCACAAAUGGCCACGACCUUGUGAUCGAAUACCUCCGCGAGAACUACCCAGCACCUCUUGUCAACACUAUCCUCACCGCGGCCGAGAUCUCACCUCGUGAGUUGCAAUAUCCGAACGGGCCUAUGGGCGACUUUCUGUGGAUGUUUUGGCAGGUGGUCUGCGCCCUUCCAUACUCUGCCAUCCGAUUGGUGAAGGGCAAUUGA